ACAGAAUACUCCUUACAGGCUGAUUUCCUUGCAGGCUGCCUGUGGAACUGGCUGGCAGCGGUCAGCACAUCCCAGGGCUGCUUGGCUUUUAUCUUUUGCUAUGGAAGGCCACGCGAACGCUGCUCUGCAGGCUGGAAGUGGGGGUGCUGCCGAAGGUGUGGAACUUUUUGUUCUGGGCUCGGGGCUGUGGGUCAAGCUUGCCCUGCCCCUGGCACAGCUGCUCUCAUUCAGUGGCUCCCUCCGUACUCUCAUAGGUUGAGGGACAGCUGCUCAGCAUCAUGCAAUCAUUUGGAGGCUUAAAAGCUACCUCAGGAACGUUCAAAACUAAGUAGGGGGUUAGAGGAUGGAAUGGGGGUUAGUUAAAUGUGGUAGAUCUGGCAAAGCGUGGCAUUAAACUCCUAAGAGAAAUACAGUCUGAUGUGCUCAGAGGAUCUCCCGGAGAAGGUAAGAGCUUUUUUUCCUCUAAAUAGUUUCCUAUAACUGUUCUGGCUCUAUUAGGAGGGGUAGGAAUGAUUGGAAUUGAAUGGAACGAAAGGAAUUCAAUGAAAUAAUUACAGACAAUCAAUGUGUUUUUUCAGCAACUUUUUAUUUUGAGGAGCGACUUCUUGGCAGGAAAGCCCCUCUCAAAAUCCCUCUUUGCAGCUGUCCCCGGGUAGAGAAAGGGCAGCUUCCCAGAGCCAGCAGCCCGCUGCCAGAACUCACCUUGGGACCUCUCCCUGUGCACAGCGUGGGACUGCUUCCUGCAGGCUCCUUUUUCUGAACUAGGGAAAGGAAUUACUAGUGGACCUGGAUAAGGCCACGCACUCCAAAUAGCUGCUGUCCCUCUUGCUUUUUAUGGAGGAAAAAAAAAAUCCUACAUAGGUUCCAGUUCUUUAUUAGCUGAUCAUGAGACUCCUCUGGCUUGUAAGUUUUGGGGUGUAUGCUUCUCUUCAUACCUUUGUGGUCGAGGAUGGUAUCACGCUGAGGGCCACAGCACCCCCGAUACGAGGCAGGAAACUUAUUUCCAUGUCGCUGAGCGGCACGGGGAAGGCGAAAGGGGCGGCUGGGAGGGCCGUGCUGCGGCCAGCUCUGCCAGGAGCUCCGAGCCGGCUGGCGGAGGGGCUGGGGUAGGAGAGGGAACCGUUGUGAGGAAUCGGCGGCCUGUCCAGCUCGGGGCGGCCGUAGCACCGUUGCCUGCGCACCCAUCCCCUGUAGUGCAAGGGUCGGACUCUGCUCGGUGCCCAAGCGUGCCCGAAACGCCCCUGUGCUUCCAGCCCCAGCACGCCUCCCCGGUGGUGUGGGUGCUGCUGGGUGGUGCUAGCCCGAGAUCUCAGGAGUGCCCUCGGCCCUUUACGAAAGGGUGCCGGCUUCGCUCCUGCCAUCGCAGCACAAAAAUAGCUGCCCGUUUCGUUCUAAAUUAACACGCUAAGCAGCUGCUCGCCUUCGACGAAAUCAUUGCCGGUCCGUGAGCAGCCCGGACUACAUAACCCCUCCUCCAUCCGCGGAGCGCGGCCGCCGUCCCGGUUUAGCUGCGCUCAUCCCGCGAGCAGCGGCUCCGGCCGCGCUCAGCCCCGCUUCGGCCUCACGUCGGGCGGCCCCCGACCGCUCUGCCCGAGGUCCCCGCUCUCUGCCGGCAUCCCCGCGGGGAUCCCCGCAAACCCUCCGCCGUGCGCCGCCCGGGGGAAGCCCGGCUCCGCUCCCCGCACCGCCCCGUCCCUCGGCGUUGGCACCUCCAUCACCGCCGGCAUCUCCCCUCCUCCCUUCCUCCCCCUCCCCGCACACCCACACGCUCUUUCCCAUUCCCUCCUCCCCGGCACUCCGCAGCGGAGCGCUUUAGCAGCCUGCGCGGCUCCUCGGAUAGGAGGGGCUGGAGCUUUUUACAAAUUGUUUUUCCCUUUUUUGUUUUUUUUUACUUCCUCUCCUCCGGAGCGGACCCACUCGGAGCAGCCGCCGCCGCGGACACGUCGGGCCGAACAGGGAGGAUGGCCGCGGGGCGCCUCCCGGGGCUGCUCUUCCUCUUGCACGCCGCAGCUCGUCUGGCUGCCGAGCAAGAAGUUGAAAACCUCUCCGGGCUCUCCCCUAACCCCGAAAAGGAUAUCUUUGUGGUGCGGGAGAACAGGACGACGUGCCUCAUGGCGGAAUUCGCCGCCAAGUUCGUCGUCCCUUACGACGUGUGGGCCAGCAACUACGUGGAUCUGAUCACGGAGCAAGCCGACAUUCCGCUGUCGCGGGGCGCCGAAAUGAAGGGCAAGUGCGGCACCAACGAGUCGGAGCUGGAGAUCUCCUGGCUGGAGCGGGCGUACACCCUCAAACUCUUCUUCCUGAAGGAGGGGCACAACACGUCCCGCGGGCCGGAGGCUUUCUGGAGGCUCAGCCGGAUCCAGUUCUCCUACGACACCUCCGAGCGCACCUACUUCAAGGACGCCGUCAGCCCUGGGAAGCAUACAGCCAGCUCCCAUCGGCUCUCUGCCUUGGUUACCCCAGCGGGGAAGUCCUACGAGUGCCAGGCACAGCAGACCAUCUCCCUCAUCUCCAGUGACCAUCAGAAGUCUGUGCAGCUCUUGUUGUCUGAAGUCCGCAUCCAGCCCUUUGACAUCACUGCAGAUUUUGUCUUCAGUGAAGAACACAAGUGCCCGGUGGACCAGAGGGAGCAGUUGGAAGAAACUCUGCCUCUGAUUUUGGGCCUGAUACUGGGGUUGGUUAUCGUGAUAACCCUCUGUGUUUACCACAUCCACCACAAGCUCACAGCCAACCAAGUGCAAAUUCCUCGUGACAGAUCUCAGUAUAAACACAUGGGAUAGGCGACAGGACCUACAGGGACAGGACAGGACCAGCAGCUCGAAUAUUCAUCAGGUAGAAAAAGUAAAAGCAUUUUUUCUAUGGGAGAGAAAAGGUUAUGGGGGGGGAAGAGAUGGUAUUCACAACACCCAACUGCAGGUAUUUGGUGGAGAUGCAUGAGGUUAGGCUUUAAUAUAGUGAGUGCACAGACACAGCUGUCUCCAUAAGAGAACCAAGCAUGUCUGAUUUCAGGAGUCUGUCUGUGGCAGUAGGUGCUAUGAAUACCUUCUUCAUCAGCUGGACCAAACACCUGCAGACAAAUACUUCACAUGUCAAAAUCUAAUACUGGGGGCAAAAUGGUUCUGUUUCUUCCUUUUAUCUUUUUCUUUUUUUCCUCGAGGGUCUCUUACCUCCCCAUCGUGCUGCUCUGGGCGUGCAUUUGGCUUCUCUGUGUGCUGCCAGAGAGCAGGGCUGGGGGGACGGGGCCAUCGCAUGGACUUCAUUAAGGCCCUCUAAGAAAGGGGCUCAAACCACAUUGCUGGCAUUUGCACUCAUGUUAAGGAAAGCACAAAGAGGUACAGGGGUGUGUUAGGAAAAAAUCAGGCUGGGUCCUCAAGCUGCCGUAAACUGGAAUACUGCAAUAAGGCAGACUGCAGCCAGCUGAGGAACUGAAUGCUUGAGUGAAGAAAGUUUGGUUUUGCUUCCUGAGCCACAUCUGAAUUAAACUUAACAAAAAAAAACCCAGAAAAAAGUAUUGAUACACAACUAUAAAGUGCCAUGCUACUGCAAGUCAACAGAGAAAUGCUUCUGGCUGGGCAUCCUGCACGUGUUGUGAUUGUUGUUGAGAUGUCGCAUUGCUACCUGCAACCGAUACCUUCACAGUGAGACAAAAACAAAGGAAGAAGAAAACAGAAAUAUUCACGUUACUAUGCAGAUUAUUCAGGUAUAGUCUAACGUAACAAAAAGUAUGUAAGGAAACCCUUGGAAUCUAACCUUAAAUGUAGGCCAUUUUUAAUGAAUUAAAACAUGUACAUAUACCGUA